AUGUCGAAAUUUAAAGACGCAGUUGCAAGUAUUAGUAAAGAUGAGGAUCACCACGUAACGCUCCUUGAAGCAAAGAAAAAUUCUUUGUUUAGCAUCAUUCAACAUAUUUAUGAUCUCAGUCUAAAGGUUUCCAAUGAGAAUUAUAAGUUGCAAUUUUUAACUCGCGUUUAUUCGUUAGACAAGCUUCGUUCAGAUUUUAUAGAAACUUUAGAUUCGUUACUGGAGGCUCGCUUAAUUAUAGACAAGACGGCAAUACCGAACUACACGCCGCUUUCGUCAUUCGAUGAGGGAAUAGGAAAAACAGAGAGUACGUCUUAUGGGUACACAACGUUUAAAAUUCACUCACGCUACGACGCCCGCUGUUCGUAUACAAUAACUGCACGAGUCAUAGAUGUCAUAACUGAUUAUUUACCUAAUGUUCGCGUCGAUGUAUCGCAAUUAGAACACUUGCAAUCUUUACCGCUCGCUGAUGAUGAUUUCUACUCACCUGGCCGUGUUGACUGUCUUGUGGGCAAUGAGUUGUUCCCUAUACUGCUUGGUAGUGAUAAAGUGACAUCACCUACUUCAUCAGUUAUUGGUUUAGAGACUACACUCGGUUAUAUAGUCAUGGGAAAGGCUGACUGCGACUCACCUUCUCAGAAUAGUACGCUUUCAAAUAAUGACAAAUUAUUUUUCUGUCAAUCCGACCCGCUUCCGCUUGAUACUCUUACACAACGCUUCUGGGAGUUAGAAAGUGUUCCCUCUAAAACGCAUAUGAGUAAAGACGACGAGAUUUGUGAAAACAAUUUUAAAUCGACUUAUUCUCGAGAUAAUAAAGGUCAAUAUACCGUUCACUUACCAUUUAAAUUACCGCCUUCGAAAUUAGGAAAUUCAUACGCUAUUGCAAAACGUCAGUAUUUACAAUUAGAAAAGAAAUUAGAUUCACAGCCCGAUCUACGUAAAGAUUAUAACUCCACAAUUCAAGAUUAUAUUGAUAAAGGGUAUUUAAGUAUAGUAAAAAAUCCUAUAUACGACUCUGAACAUUAUUAUAUUCCGCACAGAGCUGUUUAUCGCUCUGAUAAACAGCCAUCAAAAACACGCAUAGUCCUCAACACUGGUUGUAAGACCACGUCCGGUUUAUCACUGAACGACAUACUUUAUACAGGUUGUAAUUUACAAACUAAUAUUUUUGAUUUGUUGAUGAAUUUACGCAUGUUUGCUAUUGGUGUAACGGCUGACAUAGAACGAAUGUAUUUCUGUAUUAAACUCACGUUUGAUCAUCAACCAUUUCAACGCAUACUUUUUAGAUUCAAUACAGAAACUAAUAUACAAACUUAUCAAUUUAACAGAGUCUCAUUCGGAGUCUCUAGUUCUCCCUUUCUCGCGAUGAGGGUUGUGAGACAACUGGCUUCAGAUAGUCGCACUGAAUAUCCUCUCGCCGCCCACGAGGCUGAUAAUCACAUGUAUAUGGACGAUUAUGUAUCGUCAUUAGAUGGUCUAGAUGCAGCCGAAAAAACAAAUCAAGAGAUGAUUAAUAUGUUUUCUUCGGGUGGAUUUAAAUUAGUAAAAUGGGUGUCCAACUGUAAGGAAUUUAUGACUAAAGUAGACAAUUAG